UUGGUUGCACACGAAGGUGUUUGUGUAUCCGAACCGGCCAAACGUCUUCCUAAAACUGGUCGAUUGCUGUGUUUUGUGCUUACUUCUCCAAAAUUUUAUGGUACCAGGGUAUUGGCUGUGAACGAAACAUGGCUGCCGCGUUGCGAUCACGGACAGUUUUUUGCCAACAUCCCGAUGGAUCCAACAAUUCCACACAGCACCGUGUUGAACGGUAUUCCAGAUGACUACAAAUAUCUAUUCCAGAAGUCAAUGAUCUCCUUUCACUACGCUUUUACUGAGAUUUCCGAUCAAUUCGAUUGGUACUUUAAGGCUGACGAUGACACCUACGUAAUCAUGGAGCAUAUGUACGAAUACCUGGCAACACUCGAUCCAACGGAACCCUACUACCUAGGAUACACGUUAAGACCUUAUUUCAAGCGAGGUUACAACGGCGGCGGCGCUGGUUAUGUACUAAGCCGUGCAGCACUAAAGUUAUUUAUAGACCGGGUCUUUUUCGAUCGCACACUAUGUCCACUUGAAUAUAAUGAAGACGUCGGAAUUGCCAGGUAUAGAAAAUGGGGCAUACAUUCUUUAUCUGCUAGUGUUUUUACCGUAGUGGUUAGAGGAACCUUACAAUACAAAUGGUUGCCGGUUCAAUUACCCCCUUCAGAAGAUCUGAUUACGUACACUCAGGCAUAUCAGCGAUGCUAUGAAUGGACUCGAACACAUUAUUCAUAG